UUGUUUGCAAUAUUUUUUAUAAACAGUAUUGGAAAUUUAGCAUAAAUAUUUUAUCUCCGAUUUUGAGGAUCUAAAACGUUCCUACUUGAAGUCGUAAGAUGUUAAGCAAUCUACCUUGGCCGUAAACUAUGGCUAAACUGCCUUUUGUGACUUCUAGGGAGUAAUAUAAUAUUUUUGAAGCCUGCAACGCCCGGUACGUACAACGCUAUUUUUUUCUCAGUUUUGAAAUGAGCUCAAUCAGAAGUUAAACUUCAAUAUAAGCUUGAAGUUCAAGGUUUAAUUUUGCCAAUGAGUUGUUUCCUGGUAUCUGGAGAGGUCGAGGAGAUCAUACAACAAGCCAAAACCAAGUCAUACAAGAAUUUGUAUCUGAACUAUCAACACCUGUCAGAGUUGCCUUCAGGAUUGUUGCAGCUGGACAAGGCUGAAAAGCUCUACUUAAAAUACAAUAUCUUGAAAAAACUGCCAUCAGAUAUUUACAGACUUGAGAGUUUAGUGGAACUUUAUCUUCAUUCUAAUGAUCUUCAAGAAUUACCAGAGGAUUUAGACCACCUGUUAUCACUGGAAUCACUUCUUCUGGACUCAAAUGUCAACUUGUGUGCCCUGCCUGGAACAUUACUGAAAAUACCAUAUCUAUCUACACUUGGUAUUAACAGCUGUGGCCAACCCGCCGACGAUAAGACCAAAGGUGCUGAUUCGUUUAGUUACUUCCAUGGAACACAGUUUUUUGGUAAUUCUGAGCAAAAUGUUCUUCCACUUGUUGAGCUUUCAUUGAGAGCAACACAUAAGCUUGUUCAAUCACGUUCUCUUCCAACACCUUCAUUCCCGUUGCCAGCAAAUAUUGUAGCAGUGCAGGCGAAAAUAAACUAUUGCCGUUGUCAUCGUCGUAGAGAAGCCAACAGCGACAUCCAAGGCACCCCGUUAAGAAGGCAUGUAGGACUUAGGUAAACCGCUGAGCCACCUACACUCUUCUUUAUCUUAAUUUCCUUCAGGAAUGAUUAAUAUAUUGGUGGUGCUCACCUUGAUAGGACAGUAYUCAAAACCCUGWGUUUGUACCACAUGAUGCGGCCACAUCCAAUGAUCAGCGUCAUUCAGGUCACAUGAUCUUGACAUCCCUUCCAMUGGACCCAUGUUGUACGACACACA